AUGGGUAAAGGAAAGCCCCGUGGUCUCAACGCCGCCCGAAAGCUCCAGAACCAUCGCCGCGAGCAACGAUGGGCUGAUCUGUCCUACAAGAAGCGCGCGCUGGGAACGGCUUUCAAAUCUUCGCCUUUCGGUGGCUCAUCGCACGCCAAGGGAAUAGUUCUCGAGAAAGUUGGUGUUGAGGCCAAACAGCCCAACUCUGCUAUCCGGAAGUGUGUCAGGGUUCAGUUGAUUAAGAACGGCAAGAAGGUCACCGCUUUCGUACCUAACGAUGGUUGCCUCAACUUCGUAGACGAGAACGACGAGGUCCUGCUCGCAGGUUUCGGUCGUAAGGGCAAGGCGAAGGGAGAUAUUCCCGGUGUUCGGUUCAAGGUCGUCAAGGUGUCCGGUGUCGGUCUGUCUGCGCUGUGGAAGGAGAAGAAGGAGAAGCCCAGAUCAUAG